CCAGUGCCACACUCUAACAGCAAGCAUGGAAAUGAACACCUGUACAAUGCCCGUCGGCUUUUAUAUGCUUCUGUUCUUGAUCGUGGCAAGCAUUCCCGCAGUUUAUACAGCCCAUGCAAUUUCCGUUGAAAAUGACAUGGAUACAGGAGAGAAUUCUGAAGCUAGUUUUCAUCUGGACGGAAUGCAUCCAGGAAAUGUCAACAAAUUAAAUGAACCCCAUGUCGUGCCUUCCCUUGUUCCCGAAGUUGGUCUCGAACGGCAGAAGAGAGCCGAUAAGAAGCAGUGCCACAUUUUAGUUCAGAGGUCUGAAAUGCAGGAAGGAACUUGUACCACACUUGCCGAUAGCACUCCAGCAUGUCACAAUGAACAAUAUUUGGCCAUCAACUUCAAUGAAUGUUAGUUUCCAAGAAAUAUCGCGCAUUCAGUAGUUUAAUAGUCCUGUACAUGAAGUGACUCUCAUUAAUUAUUAUUAUAUUCUCAUGCUAGAAAUUGUACAACUUUGUCA